CCACUGUCCAUUAACAUAAAUAGAUGUAAGGUGCCGGUGAUGAGAACCCAUCGACGAUAAAUGAGAACCUUUAACCCCAAUUUAACCAUUAGCCGUUAGUUUGUCGGACAUCGGUAGCGUGGACAGUACGCAGUGAAACCAUCCUACCGUAAAAGUGGCUCUAGGCAUGGUAGAUAUAGACAAAUUAGGAGAAAAAUUUUGUGUUUGUGGUUAGUGAAUCAUGCUAGUGAAGUCGUGGGAACCAAGGACUAUACUUUGUAUUCUGUUAUUGGUUAGUAUCUCGAUUCCUUUUGUGAUUUCCAGACCUCAGACUUUAGGACCGAAAGACCUCGAGACUAGUCGUCUGGUGAAGAGGGAUUCUGGUCGCUUAAUAAGCAGAAAUGGAGAAAGAAUUGUCAAUACUGAUAUUCGUAGAGUAGCGGCAGAUCGCAUCUAUUUUCCAGAAGAGGUGAGGGACUCUGUAAAAGACAGAGUGGACAUUGACCUUCUUCCAAGAGUUGGCGACCAGGCUCCAAGAUGUGCUAAUGGCAGCACCUUCUGUGAACACGUGGAUGCUUAUCCUUCCCAUUUUGUCGAGAAUAUUCUUAGGAGAAAUAAGCACUACGCAGACUUUUUCGCCCUUGAUGAUGUGCCGAUAGAAAUUUCAAAUAGGGUCGCAGGAGACUUAGAGAAGCCUAUUUGCGAAUCUAGGCAGCAAACUGUGUACCCUACGGUCGGAGAAACAUCUACAGGAGAAUGGAAAUACAUAGUUAAUCUGAAGAACACCAGAAAUGGUCUACAAAGAGAGAUAUCGCAGGCAGUGACUGUUGAGAUUUGUGUAGGACGAGAAAGAGGGAAUUCCUGCAGUCUGAUGGAUGACAUUUCAUACGGUUACACCACUUAUUGCAAACAAAAGUAUACUUACAGGAAGCUUUUUUCUUUUAAUGAAACUGCGAUGAUUCCGUAUUUUUUCAAAAUGCCAUCGGCGUGUUGCUGUGUGUAUAAAAGGGAACCACUUUUCCCUACUUAGUAUGGCGCGUUUAUGAUUAAGCUAUGUAUAUUUAAAAAAAAUGUGCAUACAAUUCUGGUAAAAAUGUUAUUCGGGAAUGCUGAUGAUUUUCCAAAUGUUUUUUCAAGAUUUCAAACUGCAAAUUAAUGAAGUAAACAAAUUAUCAUGUUUCUAAAAUGUUGUUGGAGGUACUUUAGAAAAAUUAGAUUAUCUCACGUUUCUUAUCUAAGAAAAAUGAAUUAAAACAAAGGACUAUUUUGUGAAACGACUCCUAGAGUUUUUCUUAAACUGUUUUAUUUUUCUUAUUGUAAUUUUCCAUGUUAAUUCUUACCACUCAAUACAGAAAAUUUCCUAUCACAGAAGGUGGUACCCUAUCCUUAGGAGUGAUUUUAUGUGUGCAUUUAAGGAACUACAUCACUUGAGGCGCUUAACGUGAAUUUCCAUUUGAUUCAAAUAGUCUCUGACAUAUCUGACAUGAAGCCCAAAGUUUGUAGUUAUAAUUCAGUUAGUGAUGACCCAUUUGUUAACGUUUCUUGGGCUCAUCCGGCGAUAAACACGUCAUUAAACUUUGAUUGGCAAUUUUGGCAUCGGAUCAAUCAACUAGCUUAUGAUUAUCCAUCCUUUACCGUUAUUGUAUCUACAUAGUGAUAUAAUGGCUCAUAAGCUUCAAAGUUAUUUUUGUUAGGUAAAGUAACUUAGCUUACCUUUAUCUUGCACACAGUGUGUUACCAACUGAAGCAUCAUUAGAAGACAACAAUAUGUCGGUCGGUGUUACCUACCACUAAUGGUCAUAUCUAGAAACGUUCAUUAAGGAUUGAGAGCAGUUUGAGGAAUAAUCAAAACUGUUGAAUCGCACAAAAAUUUUAGAAGCAUUUAAUACUCUAUCAAGUAACAGGUAGAAGAUAUUAUUAUAGUAUAUAGUAUACAGUAUAUAGUAUACGGUAUAUAGUAAUCUCCAAAUUAGUGAUAAUAAUGCCUGAUAAUUUAAAAAAAAAGUGCUGAAGGAGAGAAGAUGUAAAAAUACACUACACACAAUUUGAAGGAAAUAACAGGAAAUAAAAAAAAACAACCUUGGCUUUUAAAAAGACGCACAAUCGGACGAAGAGGGAAUACAUAAAAUUCUUAUUCGGGGCUUUAUAGUACUUUUCUCCAGAUGACCACCUCACUCUAUACAAGGCCCAGCUAAGACCAAGCCUCGAGUAAUGCUCACACGUUUGGAGCUCUUCGGAUUAACAAAGUUCCUUUGGGAUCCGCAUAGUAGCCGCGGUGUCCUCAUUUAGGCUUCUGCCUGCGCGGUUGCUUCGUUGUAAAAUAAAAAAUAAAAAAAUAAUCUAUCUAUAUUCAUUUAGCUCCGCACCGUAGGUUUAUUAUUCGCUAUAACUUCGAAUCACUUCGAAUAGGUUAGAAGGAGCCAAAAUUGCGUAGUUUCAGUGCAUACUUUUGACUCAUUUGACUACCAAUGCCUAUCAACGAGACAGCGUUACAUCAACACCAUAAUAAUACUUACCGGGGGAAACAUCUACCUUCAUUAGGCUUGUGCCGCUCUUUGCAAAUUAUGUAAGAAGUACCAUGUCUUGAAAUAGUCUAACACCACAAUUAUCUGCAAACAUUCGUACUUCUGAAAAAUAGCACUAAAGAACGAAUAUAAUGUCAGAACUGUCAAAAAAAUUACGUAUGUCAAAUGCACUCCUACCUGGUCUGAAUUCGUUGAAAAAAUAAAGCAUACAAAAUAUGUGGUGCGACUUGACCUGAUCACACAAAUUACUGUUUGGACUGAUAGCACUGAACCAGUGGUGCCAUUUUCUUAGGUUGUGUAAUACCAGUGGUAACAUACUGUAUGUAACAUGUGUAUGAGUUUUGUAUCAACAUUGUUAUUUAUGUAAUGCUUUAUGAAUUUGUUAAUAAAAUGUUUGUUGAA